AACAUUAGCACUGGCAUAAAAGAAAUAGUUUUUGGUUAAUAUUUCCCAGCUGCACUUUGACUACUGUUAUCUUCUUUCCAAAGGUUUUAGUCUUGGUGUUCCAACCCAUGGCAGCAGCCCCAGGGCCUGGCGUUGUCAGAGAGAUUAGGGAGGUGGACAAGCCCAGGUACUGCAAAGAGGACCUGGAAUACCAACAUGGCAGCAUUUGCUGUGUAAAGUGUCCAGCUGGGACACAUCUGACAUCGCCCUGCACAAAAACAGGAGAGAAGGGGACAUGUGAAGAAUGUAACUUCGGGACAUACACCGAGUUCUCCAAUAACCUGCAUCGGUGCUUAACAUGCACCCCGUGUCGCCCAGAUCAAAUAAUGACCAGACCAUGCAUUCCAACUAAGAAUACUGGUUGCCAAUGCAGACCAGGGAGAUUCUGUGAUCCUCACGAGGCUUGUGAACACUGCAACCUGUGUAAAAGGUGUAACCUCGAUGAGGUUAAAGUGAGGAACUGUACAUCUACCAGUAAUGCAGAGUGCAAGAAAAUGCAUCCCACGUCAGGCUCAGGUCAUGCAGAGGUGAUUGUUCCAGUUGUUCUGGUGCUGUUCCUGUUGCUGGUUAUUGUUCCAAUUGGCAUAUGGGUGGUGAAGAAAUACAGACCAGACUCUCAAAGCCGCCUUCGUAACAUGAGAAAAGGUGGACAGCAGGUGGGGGGAUCCUCAGCUUGCAACGAAGGUGCACCGCUGUACAACAGCCUCAACAGCUCUGCCAGUAACUCCCAGCACAGCCUAACCGGCCCGCAAAGCGCUCCUCUGUUGUCUCAACAACCAACCUUCACGGUCUCCAUGGAGCCAACAAGGAGGGAGCAUGAGCCAUUUCCCCCUCUUGAACCCGUGAACGGUGAAGAAUCCCUUCGGAGAAGCUUUGACUUUUUUGAAAAAGUGGAUAUAGAUCAACACAAGCGGUUCUUCCGCCACCUCGGCCUCGAUGACAAUGUGAUCAAAAGCAAAGAGAGCCUUCCCUACGAAGACCGAAUCCAUGAGCUGCUGAACAUCUGGGUGGAGAGAGUGGGCCGGAGGGCGAGCUUAAAUGACCUCCUGGAAACGCUACUUAACUUAAACCAAAGAAAAACAGCUGAGGACAUCAAGAAUGAAGCUAUUUCAUCUGGCUACUACACUUGUGAUGGUUGAUGUUGGCAGGUUUCCUAUUAAAAGGUAUGGAGAGAGGGACUCUAAUCAAUUUCACACAUGGUUAGAGUUUCCCGUCACUGAUCACUUAUGUAGGAGCCGUUGCAGAAGACUCGUAUCUGUAGCCGUCUUCUAGCAUUAAUAGACGAAGUGAUGGACGUGAGAAGUAAUCUCAUGUCCCUUAUGGUAUCCAGCUUCGUUGAAGGAAACACAGGUACCAGUUAGAGCUUCGCCUUAAACUGGACCUUACAGGGAAUUUGUUUCUCAACCUGAUCUGCCAGUGCAGCAGAGGUUUUGCGAAAGGAGAAAACAUUACUUAGCUUUGCCCGUUAAAGGAGGUAUUAUGUCAAUAUAUUUAAAAUAAACCAAAAAGCUUUGUUUGAACCUUUUCCACAAAGUUUGUCUGAAUUUAACAGAUGAGCUGUUUCUGAUGUUUGUUGAACUGUAAAUUAUUUUUUUAUCAAAUGUAUGUUGUCAAGAACAAUUGUAUUUGAUUUGGACUGGUUCCAGAAAUGUGUUAAGAUUUAUGACAAAUUCAGUGGUAGCGCUUGAUGUGAUCACCAACGACUGAAUGUAGGUCCAGAUCCAGUGUUAUCCAACACUUGCACUGAGUUAGUUUUUUUGUUUUUCUUUUCUGAAAAGAUCCUGGAUAUGAUGACUCUACUCUUAAAUCCAGCCCUAAUUGUUACAAACAAUAAUUUAACAAGAUGCAGGUGUUUUCCGGGGGUUGUGAAAUGUUCUGCCCUAAGUUCCCCUGAGGUGACGCAGGCCUUUGCCUGUUUUUCAUGAAUGGAUAGAAGGUGUGACUUUUGUUUGUCUGCAAUGUUUCACAGUGCCAAAUUGUUUCCUAAUAUGGAAAUAAAUUAGGACAAAAAGCUUUGCUCUGCCCCACCCCUUCUUUUUUUCCCACGUCUGUUUACACAAGCGAGUCAGUUCACUGUCAAAUAAACCCUUGUUAUCACUUUUAUGGAGGGCAUGAAGCAUUAAUAAGAAACUGCCUUACCAUGUAACCAUGCCCCCUGUGUUGUGUUGACACUUCAGUUACAGGACUGUUCACUCGUACAACGAUGGGUGAGAACAAGAGAAGAGAGGAUCAUUCUACAAAAUGGGCUCUGGUGUUUUCAGAGCCAUCUAUCAAAGUAAAUGCAUUGACUGGCUGAUUAUUAUUUAAUGUAUUUAUUUUUCAUGUGAGUCAGCCAUUAAAGAGACCAUGUUUUUAUAAAUGUAUUAAAAAUACCUGAAUUUGACAAAACUUGAUAUGGUGUAUUUUUUUCUUAAUCUAAUGUGUUUUCUUCUUGUCUUAAUCCAUGGCAUUAAUAAAGA